AUGCGUGUGUGCGAUCUUUUAUUCUUGAAUCAGUUGCAGAAAGAUUUGGAAGAGGUUAAAGAAUUGCUUACGAAAGCCACGAGGAAGCGACUUUGUGAUGUCCUGAUGACAGAGAAACACAAAUUAGAGCUAGAAAUCAAGAAUCAGCCUUCACCGAAGCCAAAAGACUUGGCAGAGGAAGAAAAGUCAUCACUGGGAGGGUACACGGUGAAAAUAAACAAUUAUGGUUGGGAUCAGUCAGAUAAGUUUAUUAAGAUUUACAUCUCUUUAAAUGGAGUCCAGAAGCUUCCAGCUGAGAAUGUGCAGGUGAAUUUCACAGAGAGGUCAUUUGAUCUGCUAGUGAAGAAUCUGAACGGGAAGAAUUACACCAUGACCUUCAACAACCUCCUGAAACCCAUCUCUGUGGAAGGCAGCUCGAGAAAGAUAAAGACAGACAUGGUCCUUGUGAUGUGUAGGAAGAAGCAGGAGGAAAAAUGGGAAUGUCUCACUCAAGUGGAAAAAGAAAGCAAAGAGAAAGA